AUGGCAGAUCAGGCAUGCGACCGUGCCGACAACGCCUUCGGACCCAAAGUUCGGGGGUGUCGCGAUGAGACGGAUUUCACCCUAUUCUUUGAGCAAUCUUUCUUCUCAUUACUUCCCUCUAUAUGCUUCUUGGUGUGUUCUCUGUACCGAUAUUUGAAGCUUGUCAAAAAGGAAAGGGUACUCAAGUCCUCACUGGACGGACUAAUGUUUGCAAAAUUGACAGCGAUAGCCACUCUCGGAUGCCUGCAAGUAGCGUUGAUCGUUCUUUAUGCCUUACCUGGCGGCGAGUUGACGAGAGUUUCUAUCGCAUCCGGUGUGCUCGGCUUCCUGGCCACACUGACCCUGGCUGUUAUGUCCUACCAAGAACAUCAUCGUUCAAUUCGUCCAUCUAUUUUGUUGGGUGUAUAUCUUACCAUUAGUACUCUUUUAGAUGGCAGUCAAGCGCGGACCUUAUGGCUGAGAGGAAAUCAUCGACCAAUCGCGAUUGUAUUCUUUGCAAUGGUUGUUCUUAAACUGAUCACACUAGUAAUUGAGUCUAUUCAAAAACGUCAUCUGCUGAGAGGUCCUUACUCUCAUUACCCCUCGGACGCUCUAGGAAGCAUGUACAAUCGAGGUGUGUUCUGGUGGUUGAAUUCGCUUCUCCUCCAGGGCUCUUCCCACCUUUUUCAGCAAGGGGACCUUCCGCCACUGGAUCCAAAAUUGGCAUCGGAAACUGUCGGCUAUCAAAUGGAAUCUGCCUGGCAAGGAUGUUCGAAAACUUCAAGGUAUAGCCUUGCGUGGGUAGCAUUGAGGGUCGCUUGUAGACCUCUACUCUGUGUUAUAUGUCCCCGAAUCUGUUUAAUUGGCUUCAACAUCGCACAGCCACUUCUGAUUUACCGGGUGAUUUCAUUCCUGGACGAUCCAACGAAUGACCAAACCCGCUUCAUUGGUCGGGCAUUAAUAGGUGCUGCUCUUUUGGUAUACUCAGGAAUUGCACUUUCUACGGCAAGCUACCAGCAUCAAAUCUAUCGAUACAUCACCCUAAUUCGUGGGGGCCUUCUUAGCCUGAUAUACAACCAGACGCUUCGUCUUUCAGCAGGUACGCUGACUGAUCACUCCGCAGCUACUCUGAUGAGUGAGGACUUUGAUCGAAUUGCAGUAGGCUUUGAACACUCAGACGUAGUAUGGGCUUCACCCAUUGAGGUGGCCUUGGCAAUCUAUAUCUUGUACCGGGAAAUCGGGCUCGCUUGCUUUGCGCCUGUGAUUAUUGUGGUUGGAUGCGCUGGAUCUGCCUAUAGUUUGUCAAAACGGGCAAAGGUCGCACAACAACACUGGAUGAACGCUUUACAGGAUAGAAUUAGUUCGACAUCUUUUUUUCUCAGCAACAUCAAAGGGAUUCGCAUAUCUGGCCUCUCAGAACCAUCAUCUACCAAAAUUGAUAAUCUGCGUAUCCACGAGUUGAACAAAUCUAAAAGGUUUCGGCAGAAUGCUACCACCAGAAUGACCAUCGGUGUCCUUCCGGAGACAAUCGGGCCUGCUGCAGCUUUCAUUGUCUAUGUUCUUAUCGCUAGGCGCUCCGGUCAAGGCAUACUCGAUCCGGCGAAAGCUUUCUCGGCCUUAUCUCUUGUCAGUCUACUCAGCAAGCCUAUACUGAAUUUCUUGUACGCUUUCCCCAUACUCGUCGCUUCCUUGAGCUCCUAUGACCGGAUCCAGAAUUAUCUCUUGAUGAACCAGGGGAGGCUGAAUUCUGCCUUAGCUUCUUUGGAACAAUCGAAGCCACGGGAGAGAGAUCUGUACCCAGUAAAGGUCCCAGUUUUAGACACUGUGCAGCUCCAGACACUGGACCAGCCAGACCGGCGCAAGCCGUCUAAUUCUUUAAUCAAGAUCAACAACGCUUCAUUUUCCUUUAAGACAGAUGAUAAACCCACAUUUCAAGGGGUCUCUAUAAACAUCAAACGAGACAGUGCUUAUAUUCUCAUUGGACCGGUCGGAAGUGGCAAGAGCGCGUUCUUGCUGGCGCUACUUGGAGAGCUCAAGCUGACAGAGGGAACAAUGCUCAAGGCACCAGAAUGCGGAAUUGCUUACUGCUCCCAAGAGCCAUGGCUACCAAACCUUUCUAUCCGCAGUAUCAUUCAAGGUCCUUCAGACUUCGAUGAAAUCUGGUAUGCAGAGGUGAUCAAUGUAUGCUGUCUUGAAACGGAUAUUGCCAGUCUCCCACAGCAAGACAUGACUGUGAUUGGAAUUAAAGGUAUGCGUCUAAGUGGAGGUCAAAGACGACGUAUCAGCCUCGCAAGAGCUGUCUACUCACGGAAACAGCUUCUUCUGUUGGAUGACAUCACCAGUGGGCUUGAUACGGUGACAGAGAACCUGGUCAUCCAAAGGCUGUUGGGACAGAAAGGUAUAUGUCGGAAGUAUGGCUUAACUGUAGUUCUUGCAACGCACAAAGUACAUUUCAAACACAUGGUUGACACUAUUAUCGAGGUUAAUCCAGACAGCUCCACUGUGAAUGUUCAGCGGUCUUAUCAGAUCCCCGAAACCCCAGAAAUAUAUGAGGAUGAUCCCAUGAUACAGCUCGAUGUUUGUCCUGGCAACCCGCAACCCGAUAUUCCGGAAGAGCAGGCUACGAGAGUAAGCGAAGCACCCUCCGAUGUGUCUCGGAGGAUAGGUGAUGCCAGUCUAUAUCUCCUCUAUGCAAAGGAAAUGGGCCUAGCCUCCGUGAUCAUGGUCAUUUCGACAUCGAUUGGGUUUUGUUUCUUCAGCAGGUUCCCCAAUAUCUGGCUUAAGUGGUGGUCCGAGGCGGAAAGUCGGGAGCCUAGCAAGCGCAAUGUCCGUUAUAUAGUUGGCUACGCAGCCUUUGGGGUCUCCGCCACAGUCUGCUUCCUUUUACUGUACUGGAUCUUUCUGGUUGAAUCCAUACCUCGCACUUCUAUUCGUUUACACAGAAGACUGCUGAAAGCUGUCACAGCAGCCCCUCUCUCGUCUCUCAUUUUAGUUGAUACCGGAUUCAUAUUAAAUCGCUUCAGCCAGGAUAUGUCUUUACUCGACAUGAGGCUCCCGGGUGCGAUGAUACAGACUCUAGACGGUCUUCUUGAUGCAAUCGCUGAAGGUGUCCUAAUCGCGCAAUCGUCCCCGUGGACAGCAUUGACUUUCUUCCCUCUUUUGGCCAUUCUUUACGCUAUACAAAAGUUCUACUUGCGUACAUCGCGGCAGAUUCGACACUUGGACCUUGAGGCAAAAUCACCCCUUUUCACCAGUAUCAUCGAAACAUGCGACGGUAUUACUACGAUCCGGGCAUUUGCCUGGCAAGAAACUUUCCGUCAGCUCAACAUGUCCCUGAUCGACGAAUCACAGAAACCAUUCUAUCUCAUGUACUCAAUCCAGUGCUGGUUAACCCUUGUUCUCAACUUACUGGUGAUGGGAAUUCUUGUUGUUCUGGUUGCUUUGGCCGUUGAACUGCGCAACACAUCUGGCGGCGCUCUUGGUGUUGCGCUCAACAAUGUUUCCGCCAUUAGCGCGACUUUGGCAUACGUUAUUCAAGCCUGGACCUCGCUCGAAACAUCAAUAGGGGCUUUGGCAAGACUGAAAAGCUUUCAAUCUGAAACACCGUCCGAGCAUCUUCCAAACGAAUGCCAUGAUCCCGGAAGUACGUGGCCAUCGACAGGCAUGAUCCAAUUCAUUGAUGUCACAACACAAUACCGAGCCGACUUAAAGCCUGUGUUACACGAUAUCAACAUCAAAAUACCCUCGGGGGCCAAAGUAGGCAUAUGCGGGCGUUCAGGAAGCGGGAAAAGCUCCCUAAUAAUGAGUUUGCUGCGGCUAAACGAAAUCACAAAAGGAAACAUUUUCAUCGACGACGUUGACAUCACCCAGAUCCCUCGAGAGACCAUCCGACGCCAGUUGGCCGUAUUACCACAGGACCCAUUGAUCUUGUCAGGGUCAAUACGCUUGAACCUUGAUCCGUUGCAAAAGCAUACCGACGAGGCCAUUACUUCUGCUCUUUCUCGGGUGGGAAUGCUAAAAUCAUUGUUAUCCAAAGGAUUUGACCUAGACAGCCUCGUUAGGAAAGACACAUUUUCUUCCGGUCAGCAGCAACUCAUUUCCAUUGCGCGGACAUUGUUGAACCCAUCUCCUAUCUUGCUGCUCGAUGAAGCGACGUCAAUGAUGGAUAUGCAGACAGAAGCGACUAUCAUGAACUUGGUCCGGGAGCAGUUCGGAAAUCGUACUGUGGUUGCAGUGGCCCAUCGACUUCAUACGAUAGUUGACUUUGAUCUCGUGUUUGUCAUGUAUCAGGGGACUAUUGUUGAGUCUGGGACGCCGGCUGAGCUACUUCAGAAUAGAGAGGGGUGGUUUACAAACUUAUGGAUGAAGCAAGUUCAGGAUGGUGCUCAGCAUGUCGAUGAGCCUGCAUAG